AUGACUUGUCCUAAUGGGUAUAAUCUCACAAAGAAUGGGUUUUGCAUGAAAUUUUAUUCAGACAAAAGAUCGAAAAGAGACGUCGCAAAGCAGCAGUGUCAGAAAGAUGGCGGUCAUCUGGUGAAUAUUGACUCUGAAUUGAAAUACGCAGAUGUUAGUAGUCUUCUACUAGGCUGGAAUUCAAAAGGGGGAAUCUGGAUAGACGGUCAUCGUAAAGCUGUUAGUUCUCCGUGGGAGUACACAUAUGGAUCUAAAAACGGAUUUUUCAAGUGGUACCCGGGAGAGCCAGGCAACACAUCAGAUGAACAUUUUAAAGGUUGGUGUUCGGUACAGGCUGGUUUGCAAGUCAGUGGUUGUGAUGAAACUUUAAUACUUGUUGCUAAGAUAGACACCAACAGCGAAACAAAGAAAGAGUUUGGAAUUUGUAUCAUGGAUAUGACUUGUCCUAAUGGGUAUAAUCUCACAAAGAAUGGAUUUUGUAUGAAGUUAGUUGCUGACAAAUAUGGACCAAAAGAAGCCGCAGAGCAGCAGUGUCAGACAGAUGGUGGUCAUCUAGUUAAUAUUGACUCUGAAAUGAAGUUAAAUGAUGUGGACAGUCUCCUUACAGGCUUCAUUUAUGGCAUAGGAAUCUGGAUAGACGGAGAGCGUAAACAUGUUAGUUCUCCAUAG